AUGAAGUUCAACCCACGUGUCAGCUCACAACCACGCAAGGCUCGCAAGGCGUUCUAUAAUGCGAACAAGAACCAACGCCGCAUCCUCAUGUCAGCUCGCUUGAGCAAGGAAUUGAGAGAGAAGUACACCGUGAAGGCUCUCCCAAUCCACAAGGAUGACGAGGUGAAAAUUAUUAGAGGACAUCAAAAAAUUGCAGGGAAGGUGACUGGUGUCAGAAGAAGCCAAUAUGUCAUCUAUAUUGAUAAACUCACAAAAACUAAGAACAACGGCCAAACCGUCCAAGUCCCAGUCCACGUUGCUAAUGUCGAAAUCACUAAGCCAUUCUUGAACAAAGACAGAGAAGCUCUCUUGAAGAAGAGAGGUGACGCUGCUAAGGCUUACAAGGAAUCAGUCGCUAAGAAGAACGAACAAGUCGAAGAGGUCUUCAAAAAGGCAUACCCAACCCUCUCAUUCGAUAUCUUCAGCUCAAAGAACAAGGUCGAGGCUAUCAAGGAAAAGAAACCACUCAGACUUGCUUCAAGAUUGAUCGCCGUCAAAGCUAUGGCUAACGCUGAUAGAGCUAAAUACACCGCUUCUUUGAAAUUGAAGAACGCUAGAGAUCAACUCGCUGCUUAUAAGGCUGCUCUUGCUAAGAAAAUCGCUAAGUAA